AUGAGGCCUCUUCGUCGUUGCAAGCUCGAGAGGUGGCCAAUCUCAACCGCGGCGUUAUUGUUAUAUGAGAGAAUUGCAGUGAUAGAUUUAGUGAGUGAUUGCUCGGGGUUUUUUGAUUUCUGAACCGAUACCAUGAGGGUCAAGAAGCAGAAACAGCUUCGACGUCACGUGAGCUUCUACAAAACCUGCUUUGGAUUCCGGGAGCCCUUCAAAGUUCUCUGCGAUGGCACGUUCGUGCACCACAAUCUCGCUCAAAGGCUCGGAGCUCUUCCGGAUUCCCUCUCUACUCUCCUCGGAGCACCUGCGAAGCCCAUCGUUUCGAGGUGUGUGAUAGCAGAGCUGAAGAAGCUGGGUGAGGCGUACUCGGGUUCUGCGCUCGCUGCUAGGCGCCUGGACUUGAUCAAAUGCGAUCAUGAUCCAAGUCUUCCAGCUUCAGAGUGUCUGACUACUUUGGUGGGUAGUCAUAAUGAGGAGCACUAUUUUGUGGCUACUCAGGAUGUUGAUUUGCGAAAACGGCUGCGCAAGGUUCACGGCGGGGCUCUGAUUUAUGCAAACAAUACGUCAUUAGUAUUGGAACCUCCCUCAGACACACAACGACUGUAUGCUAAAAUGGGCGAGAUUGAACGCAAUCGAUUGAGUGAAAGGGAGAAGCAUUUAUUGACGUUAAGGGAAGAGAAGCUGAAUAAGAAAGAUGAUGAGGUGAAAAGAGAGGAUGGUGCAAACGGAAACGAUGCCGCUGCAGGUGCCUCAUCCUUGCAAAUGAAUAAUGCUAAGAGAAAACAGAAUCCCCUUGGAGUUGCCGAUCGACCUGUUUUGAAAAGAAAACGUGCUAAGGGACCGAACCCUCUAUCUUGUAAGAAAAAGUCAAAGAAAGUGGAGCAGAAGAAUACCGAACAAAGAUCGACUGCAACUGCGAAUGUAGCUGGGGCGCAAGAGAAGAAGAAAAAAGCUAGGAAGAAACGAAAGAAGUCAACACAAAACAGCGGAUCAGAGAAGAUAGACACUUCAGCUGCAUCUUAAUUAUCUUUCAAUUCCAUGAUGGCAUCAAAAUUAAGUUUUUGAGUGCUGCAAAAAUUUUGUAUGAACAUUUUGAGGAUUUAACUAUCCUAGAACUGGUGAUUUAUGCAACUGUCCACCAAGGUCUGAAACAACUAGGGUCAAAUUCACCUUGUAACACGAAAAGAUUGAAGUCCGAAUAGGUUCGAUGACGCAGUGGAAGAUCAAUGGCAAAGAAGAUCCUUCGGAAGAAUGGCAUUUAGCAAUGUCACUGUGAUCAAUGGGAAUUAUAAUUAUUUACAUAGAAAUGAAACUGUGCUAACACAAGCAAGUGACAAAAGAAAUAUUUAAAAAGUUUAUGUUGGCAUAUUCAUAUUCU